AUGUCGCAUGCAAUGUCAUAUCUUGGCCCACGGGCCUUCAAUCAUGAGCAAAACCGCGACGCUGAGGCCGAAUACGAUCGUCUCCGCGACCUCGCCAGACAAGAAGCAACAAAGCGCGGAUCAUGCUUUGAACGCUCCCAACAAGCCUACGCCGCCGGCGACGGCGCGGGCGCCAAACAGCUCUCCGAACAGGGCAAGGAACACGGCCGCCGGAUGGAAGAAUACAACCGGCAGGCGUCCCAGUUCAUAUUCCGCGAGAACAACGCCAACGGACGGGUGCCGGAUGACACGAUCGAUCUGCACGGCCAGUUUGUCGAGGAGGCGGAGGAUAUCCUGGAAGAACGGAUAAAAUAUGCCAGGGCCCACGGGCAGACGCACCUUCACGUGUACGUCACCGAAUACAUUUUAUCUAGCCUCCGACCCCAGCCGGGACCAUAG